AUCCCUCCUUCCUGUCGGCGCUGCGCACUGCUGCCCGCGGGAGCUGGGCCGCCCGGGACCGCGCCGCGGACAGCCCCGCGCACCCCCCGCGGCAUGAGGCUGCCGCCGGGCACGGCGAGGCGGCGGCGGUGUAGCAUUCUUCAUGAUGAAUGAAGAAUUCAUACAUGAAUCUUCAUGUACUUUACGUACCUGAUGUGACUGCCCAAUUCAGCAUUCAGCUUUCCCAUACUGAAGACUGAGGACUGAGACUGUCACAGGCUCCUGCAGCCAAACUUCUGCCAACAGUGCAAAUAACUGACCAGCUUGUUGGAAGAUGACAUUUAUUCCUGCUUGAAGCUAUUGUUCUGAAAACAACCAGUAGAAGAAUGUGGAAGAAUUCAAGCAUCCGCUGCCUUUUAGCACUAGCUGUUUUAUGUUUAAGAAGUUUAGUAUAUAGUAAGGAGAUAGGUUCUCUGGGACACCCCCAGAAUUUGAAAUGUGUAACACACAAUUUACGUAAAAUGAUCUGUACUUGGGAUGUCUCUUCUAAAGGAAGACAUGGACAAACUGACUUUUGCUACACUACCAAUGACCUCCCUCCUUCAGUGUGUUUUAAAACUAAGGAGAAAAGGGUCGAGAUUCCAGUCCCAGACAGCUCCAGCACUGUGACAAUAACUACAAACAGCAUUUUUGGAAUUGCUUUUGCUACCAAAGAAUUUGAAAUUCACAAGAAAGAUAUCUUGUUUGUUCCACUUACUCCACGCAUCCUUAGUUUGACACCUGACUUUUCAACUUCCACAUUAAAUCUGAAGUGGAGUGAUAAUGGAUUAGUCUUCCCAUAUGGACUGGAUGCCUUUUGGCAGAUUCAGAUACUCCGUAAAGAAGCAACAGAAAAAGUCACACAAGUAACUUACUACUCAAAACUGACUCAUGAAGACAUCAUUCUUUCUUGGAACUGGACAUCAGAUAUGCCUCUGGAGUGUACAUCGCACUAUGUGAAGAUUCGCUGUUACAUUAAUGUAACACAGUUUGUUGGUCCCAAGGACUGGAGUGAGUGGAGCCCAGUAGGAGAGGUCCCUGGAAAAGAUACCGAGCCAAAUGGGAGUGGAGUGUUUCCUCAGGACACCGUGGUGGCAGUAGGUUCAGAUGUGACAAUUUGUUGUGUCCAUGAAGAAGGACAGCAGAUACAACGGAUGACUUAUGGACCAGAAAUAUAUCCAAUGAUACCUCUGAGCAGCCGGAGCAGUGCAAUCAGAGUGCUGAAUGCUAGUGCUUCAGAUGCCAGUGGAACAAAUGCAGUGUGCAUACUGUCUGAAAAUGAGAUGGAUGGAACUGUCUUAUUUGUUGGAUAUGCCCCUGAUAUUCCCGAAAACCUCAGCUGUGAAACAUCUAACUUCCUGAUAAUAAAAUGCACCUGGAAACCAGGCAGACCCAGUGGACUAUAUGGAAAACGAAGUACAAAGUACAGUUUAUUUGAAAGAAUAUCUGGUAAAAAUGUUUCAUGCGAAGUCAGUGAAAUGAACAGAGAGCAUGUCUGUGGCUUUCCGGUACUGGCUGAUCAAAAAACCUAUGAUUUCAUAUUAGGCGUCUCCAAUCCUAUCGGGCAAACAGAGUCAUCGCUUUUAGUUGAUUUAACUCAAAGAGUUCAUCCAAAAACUCCAGAAAAGUUAACUGUUUCUGGGAACAGCUCUACAAGCGUCCGUCUGCACUGGUUUAUAAAUGGCAGCUUUGCUGAGAUCAGGCUUCUGUGUCAAAUUGAAAUUAGCACUGGUCACUCUGAGCGAAAACUGCACAAUAUCUCCAUGCCUGGUGGAAAAUUCUCAACUCACACAGCUCAGCUGAAUGCAUUGCACCCAUAUACAAAGUACCGGUUCAGGGUGCGCUGUUCGGCUGCUGACCACUUCUGGAGGUGGAGUGACUGGAGCAAGGUAGAGGAGCACACAACAUUAGAAGCCCCUCCUACAAGAGGGCCAGAUAUCUGGAGAGAGAGAAGUCCAUCUGGAAAAGGUCUAAAAAUCUUCUGGAAGCCUUUAUCCCUUUCUGAAGCCAAUGGAAAAAUAGUGUCUCAUGAAGUGUCCUGCUACCUGCUAGAGACACCACUGGAGCAUAAAGAAGUCACUGAACCAUCAAACAGUACUGAGAUAAAACUUGGAAAAAAUGACUGUGUUGUUAGUGUUGUAGCCAAAAACCAUGCAGGAUCAUCUCCUCCAUCGAGAAUAACAAGUGUGGAACUUCCAAGUGACAAUGUCAAAACAGAUCGGGCCGUGGCAAUGGGGAAUGGAAUUUAUAUUUCUUGGAAUUCUUACCCUAACAUGACCUGUGGCUACAUUGUAAAAUGGUGUCAUUCAUCUGGGUCUGAACCCUGUACUGUGGACUGGCAGAAAUUUCCUUCAAAUACAACAGAUGCAGUGAUAAAGUCUGCUCUGUUUAGGCCUGGCGUGAGAUACAACUUUUUACUAUAUGGCUGCAAAUCCAGUGGAUAUCAGUUACUGAAAAACAUAACAGGGUAUAUGAAAGAGCUGCCUCCAAAACGUGCACCAAAUUUUACUGUAGAAGAAACUUCUUCAGAUUCUAUAUUGGUAAAAUGGGAAGACAUUCCUAUUGAAGAUUGUCAGGGCUUUUUAGAGGGAUAUCGGCUUUCCUUUGCAAAAGGUGAAAAAGAUGCUUUAAAGCCUAGGCUUUCAGAAUCAGGGAAUCCAGAACUUAAAGUUAAGAAUAUCACUGACUUGACAAAGAAGUCUUUGAAAAUACUUGAUCUUCAAGGCAAAACAAGUUACCAACUGGACCUACAAGCCUACACUGCUGGUGGAUUGAGCCCUCCAAAUAGCCUCUAUGUGGUGACAAAGGAGGACUCUGUAGGAUUAAUCAUUGCGAUUCUCAUCCCUGUGGCAGUGGUUGUGCUGCUUGGAGUGAUGGCCAGCAUCUUCUGCUACCGAAAGAGGGAAUGGAUUAAAGAAACAUUUUAUCCAGAGAUCCCAAAUCCUGAGAACAGUAAGGCACUGCAGUUUCAGAAGAACAUCUGUGAGGGGAAUAAGACACUUAAAACACUGGAAAUGAACCCAUGUACCCCCAAUAGUGUUGAAGUGGUGGAAACACGGUCUGCAGCUCCCAAGAUUGAAGACACAGAGAUGAUGUCCCCAGCAGCAGACGCUAUUGUCCCUGAAGAUGGCUCUGACUCAGAAACAGAGAACCACGUGGUUGUGUCCUAUUGCCCCCCAAUCAUCGAAGAGGAGAUCUCAAAUCCCCCUAUGGAUGAACCUGUGGGAUCAUCUCAGGUGGUUUACAUUGACAUUCAGUCAAUGUAUCAGCCUCAAAUUAAACCAGAAGAGGACCCAGAAAUAGACUUAGUGACUACAGCAGGCUAUAAGCCACAAAUGCAGCUGCCUAUCAAUGCUCUGAAAAUAGAGAGUCACUCACCUGCAGAGGAAGAAUUGGAUAAAACUGCAGGUUACAGGCCUCAAGCAAACACAAAUGCCUGGAACAUGGACACUCCAGACUCUCCUGGAUCAGUUGAAAGCAACAAUGAAAACGCAUCUUUUGGGAGCCCAUGCUCCAUCAAUUCCCGACAGUUUCUGCUUCCCCCAAAAGAUGAUGAAGAUUCCCCCAAACCCAGUAACAUAGGGUGGUCCUUUACACACUUUUUUCAGAACAAACCAAAUGAUUAACAGUGAGUCCUCAUUGCACCUGCCUUCUAAAUAAGCUCUUAUUCCUAUUGUUGUGAAGAUAGGAAGAAGAAAAGUGCAAAAGGCAUGAACUAUUCUUGGAGACAGUCAGCAGAGGUUCUAGUGAGCUGAAUGUUACCAUGUUUAAGUUAGUGAAAGUGUUAAUGUUCCAUUUUCGUAGCGGCCAAGAGGCCGAAGUUAUAGCAAUUUAGUUAUUACUCUAGUAAAAUAUAUUGGAUAUAAGGGGUAUUGAGUUUAGAGCUCCUGAUAAUUGUAGUCAAAGAACUCUGCCUACAUUCACACAGCACUCCAAGAUUAACAUGGUCUCAUGCAACUUAAAACUUGGAAAGAUUGCUUUGCUUUGUUGUAGUUGUUCUCAACUGUGCAUAAUCAAAUGAUGCAGCCCAAACAGGUUUCCUUACUGAAGGCUUCAUUUAUCACAGACCUCAGCCUAACACAUGGAAACAGUGUGGCUGGAAACUCUUGAAAUCUUUUACCUAGUUAUAAACUAAGAACAAAUGAGAGUGCUAUUCUUUUUUCUUCUCCCAUAUGGAAGGGUAUUGUCACUGUUUAACACUUCUGAAGCAAUGGCUAUUCAAAUCUGUUGCUUUUUAACUAGACACUAAUUUCUGUACCUACUGUACAAUGUUUAUUCAAUGUUUGACUCAGGGGUACAAACUUGGGGAAAAAAGUGUAACACUGAUUUAAACCUCAACAAGAACUGCAUAGUUUAAAACUUUUUUUUUUUUUUUUUUAGUGUAGAAUGCACUAUUUUUUUUCUAUCUUUUGAUUAAGGAGUUAAUCUUUCCUAAUGUAUUGCACUAAUGCAUUUUAUAUUUCAUAGCUUCAGCUCCAGAUCUGCUUCAAAGUGGUACAGUAGUCUGUUUGCCCCUAAUGUUUUGCAGUUGUUGCACUAUACAGUACACCUAAGUCAUGGGGAAAUCUCUGUUUACUAACAUUAGCUGUCCAAGCAGUUUGGCAUGCGAAAUUAAAGGUAGUAAUACUAACUCCCUGAGAACAAAUUGUUCUCUGGAUUGUCUUUAUUGUAUUAGCUUUGCCACCUGCUGCCUGGCUGCUCUGCAAUGUCUAUCCAACAGGACCUUCUCUACAAAUCCCACCUGGCAGUAUGAGGUGGGAUUUCUCUAGUGACAGGGAGAAACUCAAAGAGGUUUUAGUGCCACUAAUUCUACCUCUCCUUUGCCAGACAUGUGAUGCAAAGAAUGCUUAAAUUAUAUGAAUUUGUUUAAAGGAGUGUUCAGAACAAUCGUCUUUGAAAAUGCUUGUUUUCACAUAUGCAUCUUUAGGCAGCUGUAAUCGUAACAUUUCACUGUGUAAACUGCAGACUGUGGCACACAAGAGUCACUGUCUUAUAGGAAAGUGCUUUCUAAUUUACUAUCCCUUACUGUAAAACACAGUGGUGAGAGGUCAGAUGUUAAAGAGCUUGAUCAAAAAGGGUCUCCAUAAAGACCUAACCAAAUCUUUAUCUUUUUUUUUUUUUUUUUUAGAUUUCAGUUCCCUUUACUGCUUUGUGUUUUCUUGACUAAAUAAAUAAGAUAGGGGAGUAGUUUUCUAAACAAGAUCCCAAAACAGAUAAGGAGACUUAACUGGCUAAGCUGCUAGUCGUGAGAGUGUGGGAGCAGACCGGGAGGAUGGCUAGCUUGGCAGACAUUUGCUCUCCAAACCAUGUGAUCUAGCCGUCAGAGUAAAGCCAAGCAUUAGGUUAAACCUAGUCACAGCAAUGGAUGGUGCAGUUUCAGAUGUUGGUAUGUCUCUGCUAUCUCCAUACAGUGAAAAUACAGGGGGAUUUCAAAACUGACAAAAAGCCAAAACACUAAAUAGCAUCCAAGUCAAGUAACAACUGCCUGAGUGAACUGUGAAGACAGUAAAAAUAGAUCUGUCUGUACACCUGACAGAGUGCAGGGUGUGUCUGAAAGAACUCAAAGCGCAGGUAGGAUUCUGCUUUUCAGGUUGAAUCUUUGCAUUAGCAGGGCUGCAAGUGAAAAAGACAGACUGGCAUUGCAAAUAGCUGGUGUCCAACUAUCACUAGACAUCACCACAAGAGAAAGUUUCAUGUCUAAUGUAUUACUGCCUAUUAGUCAGAACACUAAAUUAGUACAUAAAAGGAAGCAGUUCUGCCCUUUGUGCUUGAUAGCUGGAAGGUAGCUAAACCCUAAUAGUAAUGAUCCUUUCUCACAAUAUCUCUUUUGGUGCAGAUUUCUUUUCACUAGUGCAGAUUUAGCUUAAUGUGUUUAUCUUCUAAGAUGAAUUUUAAGUUGUGUUGCCAUAUGUUUUUAAUUGAAAGCAGGAGUUGUCAUGGACAGCGUGUCAGGGUAGUGGUUUGUUACGGAGCAGUUUCUCAAUGCAGAGGAGCAAUCAGUAUUGUAUGGUGAACCAAACAAAGAAAAAACCCUCUGCAGUGGAACAGCUGGUCAUGGGGAAUAACUGUGCUUUCAUAUGGCUGUGUAUUAUAAGAAACAAAACCAAACUGAAGUUUGAGAGUACUAGCAAUUUAAUUUGGCAGACUGGAAGCUAGGGCAGCUGCAGAGAACACACAGAGCUUCCAGGGAGCAGCCUAACACGGUGCUCGCAUGCUGAAUCAGUUAAAUACAAGCAUCGCGUACUCUGGUGUUCCUUUGUGCUGCUUUUCCUAUUCAGUAAAGGCAACAGCAUUUUAAAUGGUUCUUGAUUAGGUAGGGGAAAUGUCCACAAAUACAGGCACUGCCUCAAUGUUAUCAAAGCACUCUCAUCUAAUUAUUCAUUACUUUGAGUCCUGUUAAUAGUAGUGGCUUAGCAUACACAUAAUCUUGUAUCAGUAGCAGAAGAGUGAGGCAAAUGGGGGAGAGACAGGUUUGUGCAGUAUAGGUAGUAUCAUUUACUGUUGCUUAAUGGUUAUGAACCAGUAAGCAGUUUUCAUUCCAGCACUUGAAAGCUCAGCUGCUUCAUCUGUCUUGUUUCCUUUGAGUGCUAUCCCAUUCAGUGCUUCUGGUGAGGACUCCUAUCUUAAAUCUUCAGCAGCGAAUCCAAAUACCAGAAGGUAUUUGUGAGAGGGUAUGUACUAAUUUUGUGGAGACACCCCUAAGUGCAUGGAGCAGUAAGAAUGAGUGGCAAGGACAGCCAGGGAAUGGACUUGGUUUCUGAGCCCAGGUGCCAUGUUAAACCAAUGAAGUGUCUUUAGGAAUGUCUUCGUACCAAAUUCAUUUUCAAAGCACAGUGCUGUUUAGCCUCUACAUGCAUUGAUAACAACUGUAAGUCUAAAACUCUGGGCUUCAGGGGGGAUCAGACUCCUUGUGGUAGGGCCUUUGGACUUCCUGGUGAGCCUCUUCAGUCAAAUUGUUUCUGAAAAAUGUCUUAGGAAACUUAAAGUACUGCAUUUCCUAACCAUAAUUUUCUGAAAAUUGUUAUUCCCUUAUUGAUCAUCAAUUUUGUUUUAAUUCUUUUGGCUUUUUGGUUUUUUUUUUUCCCUAGAAGCAUAGAAAGUUCAUAUUUUUUAAAAAACAAAAAAUGAAAAAAGAAAGAAAAAAAAAGAAACAACCAAAACAACAAAACAUCUUCCAGAAGGGAUAUAACCAGAAGGGAUUUUGUCCAAAACACUAUUACUCCUAAUUUCAGUGCUUCAAUCUUCCAGUUGGAUCAGCGUUCAGAGAUGUAGGUGUUAAUGCCAAGCAAUUUCUUUCUGAAGCAGAUCGUUGGUGCUGCUGCUUUUUAUUUUUGAGCCAUGCCUGUCAUAUGUGACAAUUUGGGGUUUGUAAUGGGGUUUUGUAUUUUUCGCUGUAUACAUGGAACAUCAGUCACGUUUGAUGUAAUAUCAUGCACUCUCCUAUUUGACACAUUCAUUGUUUUUGAUGUUCUGACAUUCAAGGGGAUCUUGGUUUUGCAUAUUAAAUUUUGGGAUGGUAGAUCUGCAUGUGAUAUACCUCACAGAACUACUAGUUAAUAUAUCAACAAAAUAGUAAGCUAAUAUUACAGGCAGGCAGUGAAUUACCUCCCCUGCUGUGCAGUGGCUGCAUGGGCAGACUUUGACCCAAGACUGAUACUUGCUGUGGUAGCUGUCUUUAAUAUCUGUGGUUGCUGCUUUCAUGGGUAAACCAUUUCCAAAGGGAAACAGUAGCUGUGCUGUCUGUCCUGGCACAGUUGGCAAAUGGACUGUGUUUGUUUGUCUUUGGUUUAUGUGGGGGACCAGAGCUUUCCUCUGCUGGGAACAUGGCAGCAGCAAGCUCCUGCUGACCUUGAGUUUUGGGGCUGCUCUGAAGAGGCACCAUCGGGCCACCUUUUUUGUUUGUUUGUUUGUUUUGAUACAUUCAGCUGAGUAAAGCUGAGGGCUGUUGUGUUUCAUGUGAUCUUGUCCUCCAGGACACUCAGUUGAACAUAUAUAGUAGAAAAGUGAAGGCAAUUGGAUGCAUUGGAGUGGGAAGGUGUUUAGACAUCACUCUGAAAAGGCAAAGAGAAAGCGUAUGCUCUAUUUUUAGACAAAUAUUGCUUUGUAAAUAGAAUAUUUGUAUACCUACAAGUAGAUAGAAAUAUAGUAAAGAAUUUGAAAUACAUAGGGAAAAUGUAACAUUUAAAGGAUCAGAUUGCUAACAAGGCUCCACGCACCAUAAAUCUAUCAAGAGCUUCCCAUGUAAAUAGCAUCUUCUGUUCCGCCACAGACUUUGAUGAAGACUUCAGUGCAAAUGGCAUUAAUGUUUUUAACACUAAGAAAAGCCCUAACCAAUUAUGCACGUAUGGGCUUACCUCAUUAGGUACCUUGGUGCUUAUUGCAGAGGAAAUUGGGUUGCAAUUCCCAAAGCAGUUUUUUUUGGAGCACUGUACUUGAUUAUAUGCCUUCUGAGAUGCAGUUUCGUCUAGAGAAAACAACUGUUGUCUGCCCUCCUCUCAACACACUACACAGAGUUUGUGCUGCUGUAUGUUAAGCAGUGCUCUGUGUGGCUGAUGGUCAGAGAUGCUGUUGGCAGUUUGCAGGUUUUGUUGUUGGCUUUUUCUUUGCCUUUUCCUUAGGAAGCCUUGAAACACAGUUGCAGACCCCAAAUUACAUGGAUUCGGAAUGUUUAGUUUUAGUUAGAAAUUAGUUUAAAAACUAAUUUCCUCGUGCUUCUUGAAUUUCUAAAUAUCUCCUUAGAAUCUGGAAAACAGUUUCUUCCAUAACAAUUUUCUUUCCUCUCCUCCCCCAUUUAUAUAACUCUGGAUUUUCCCCAGUGUUUCUAAGAUAGCCAGUGUUUGUUUCCUUUUAGCAUGUUAUGCAAACAAACCUCAGAUGAUAUUGGCAGGGGUUUCUGUAACUUUAUGAGUUGUCCCAGGGUGCAUGACAAUACUUUUUCCCCACAGAAGAAGUCUACUGAUUCCUUCUGCUUUUACAACAGAAAAUUAUAUCUCCAGAGAGCUUUUGAUUUUGGAGGGCAGUGGCUCAGCAUCUCCAUGCAGGUGAGCUGGUCUAAUGGCAGGGUGGUACAUGAGAGGAUGGAGUUAAUCCCUCUCCAGUCUCACCCUCUUCUUGUGAAAAUGCUGCCCAAGUGACUUUGUGGUGCAGCAGAGCAGAUGACAUCCUUAUUUUUUAAUGUGAUACCCAACAGAAUCUUUAGGUAAGUUUUUGGGCAGUCCCAAACCUGCACUUUGACUGGUGUUACGUGAAAGCAAGCUCCAGUGGAAGCGUAUGCACAACCUCCACGAGAAUGUUCAAUAUCUUUCCAACUCAUUUGGUCUCAUGUUGGGCGAAAUGUAGUAAAUAAAACUUAACCAGCAACAAAGCAAAAAGUUAAAUGUUUUAAUUUUCAUUAUUUGGGCUAAGAAAAAUUAAAUAAAGAAAUUGCUCAAGCAAGGCAAAGUACAAUAGAAACUGGCAAGGUUUCACACUUCUUAGUAGUAAUACAAUAAAAAAGAAUCCUUGAACAUCACUUUGUCAAUGUUUCCUUGAUGUGAUUCAAGAGUGGCUUGGGAUGGACAAUAUUUUGUGCUACACAGCAUGUCAGAAAAGUUUCUCAUGCAGGGGAUAGCAAAAAUAGAAGAUCACUGAAUCGACUCUGAAAUCCUACUCGAAGGUAACAGUAAUUUCAACUUUGAUCCUGUUGUGGCACACAAAACAGUGGAGCUGAUGGAGUCAUACAGGUCACCUGAAAAACAAAACAAUGUACUAUAAUGCUGUAACUCUUACAAUAUACACUGUGAACAGGUUCAAUGUUUUUUUAGCUCUUUUUAUACCAUAUUUUUACAGCGUAAAUAAUCUGUUUAGAGAUGUUUUUAUGUUCUGUUUUUACAAAGAUUUUAAUGGACUUCUGUUUAAUACUAGUGAAAAUAUUGUUUGCCAAUUUAAAAUAGUCAUCUAUAGAAAAUAAUUCUGAGAAUAAAUCAAUAAAUCAAGCUGACAAAAUAGUCUUCCUAACACACUAAAUCUAAUCAUUCAUUUAACAUAAUUCAGUUGCUGAAAUAUACUGAAGUUUUCCAGCUUCCAAAUCCAGUAUUGCAUAAAUGUUUCACAAUUUAAGUAGAAUCAUCACAAGGCACUUUAGUGAAGUUGUAGCAUACCAAGUAAAAUACUGAUUCAGCAAAGCAUAUCAACAAGAAAAUUUAUUAGCUAAGCAGUUAAACAAAUGCAUGCUUGAAAAAGGAAGUGUGGGAUCAUGUUGGGGAAAUAAUAUUCCAGUGUGGCAGAUGACAUUUAAGACUAACCUAACCUAAGAUACCAACUUUGCAUACGUUUUAAACCUAGUGUGCUUGGCUGUUGUAACUCCUGUUGUAUUGCUUGGGUGUCUAAAAAUACGCAUGUAUUUAACAAUUUUAUCAUAGUAUUGCCAUGGAAUUUAAUAAAUAUAUUUUCUUACACUCUUA